CUUUCCUUUUCUCCUACUACACCCAUGAGCAGCCACGUCAGAGUCCUGACCCUGCUCAUAGCCAUGCUCCUGUCCUGCUGUGGAUUAGCAAUCAUCUGUGGUAUUAUUGGCUACGCUCAUGGCAUGCACACGCUGGCUUUCAUGGCAGCAGAGUCUCUGCUUGUGACGGUCAGAACGGCUCAUGUGAUUUUGCGAUAUGUAAUUCAUCUCUGGGAUCUCAAUCAUGAAGGAACAUGGGAGGGCAAAGGCACAUACGUCUACUACACGGAUUUUGUCAUGGAGCUAACCCUGCUUUCACUGGACUUGAUGCAUCAUAUUCAUAUGCUGCUGUUUGGCAAUAUCUGGUUGUCAAUGGCGAGCCUGGUGAUUUUUAUGCAACUGCGCUACCUGUUUCACGAGGUUCAGCGAAGAAUUCGUCGGCACAAGAACUACCUGCGUGUGGUUGGAAACAUGGAAGCUAGGUUUGCAGUUGCAACACCAGAGGAGUUAGCAGCCAAUAAUGAUGACUGUGCCAUUUGCUGGGACUCCAUGCAAUCCGCACGUAAACUCCCUUGCGGCCAUCUCUUCCACAACUCAUGCCUGCGGUCCUGGCUGGAACAAGAUACAUCUUGCCCCACCUGCAGAAUGUCUCUUAAUAUCACUGACAGCCAUCAUGUGAGGGAGGAUCACCAAAGGGAAAAUCUGGAUGAGAACCUGGUCCCCGUGGCAGUAGCAGAAGGCAGACCACGCUUGAACCAGCACAAUCACUUCUUCCACUUUGACGGCUCUCGAAUUGCCAGCUGGCUGCCCAGUUUUUCAGUAGAAGUGAUGCAUACUACAAACAUCCUCGGUAUCGCACAAGCCAGCAACUCCCAGCUUAAUGCUAUGGCCCAUCAGAUUCAGGAGAUGUUCCCUCAGGUUCCUUAUCAUUUAGUUCUACAGGAUCUGCAGCUAACUCGUUCUGUAGAGAUCACCACUGACAACAUCCUGGAAGGGCGCAUCCAGGUACCUUUCCCCACACAGCGUGCAGAUAGCAUUAGACCUGCAUUGAACAGUUCUGUGGAACGACACAGUACUGAUCAGGAGGAUACUGAAACUGUCACCCAG